AUGCCUUCUUAUUUGGCAUACUGGUUACCUAGAAGAGAUGAAGGAGAACGUAUAAAAGGACAGUAUCUCGAAGUUAUAGUUAUUUGUCGCUUUAUUAUAGCAACUAAUACAGUUGCAACUGCCUUGUAUAAACGUGUAGAAUCGGGACAUUGGUCUGGAAAUUAUGAUCAAGAAGUCCAGAAUUUCGUUCAAACAUUAGAAAAAGUGAAAAAACUUGUUCCAAACGAAAAUUCGUUGCGUCUAGAAAAACUUCAAAGUUUUGGAGAAGGUGAAGUUUUAGAACAACGGGUAAUGACUGCAGUUGAAGAUAUGGCCUCACUUUUAGAGUUGAAUGCUUUAAAUGUGGAUACAGAAUCUUGGAUCGAUCAUGCAGAAGAAAAUUUAAAUAUGUUAAAGUGGAAUGUAGCUCAUGCCGUAGCAAACGCAAAUUCAGAGGACGAGAAACUUCUAUGGGAAAGACUGGAGAAUGACUUAAAGAAUGUUGAUUUGAAUAAACUGUCAUAUAAUCACCCACUUUGCUCUGGUAUAUUAGAUAUCGACUCAUCACCUAUCUCUGAUCUACCGGAAACUCUUCUAUAUUCAAAAGGUAGAUAUCAGAGUAGAGGAACCACAUUGGAAACUUGUGAUCCUCCAUUCGGCCAAUGGAUAGAGAAUUCUGAAAACUUGAAAAGUAUAACGAAACGAUUAUUGGAAGCAUUGGAGGGGUCUUAUGUUUGCGAAGUUUUGGCGCCGUUAUUUAGCAUUGCCUUGGGUGAUUUAUCAGUAAAAAAUGAGACUUGGAGGAUAUGGGGUGAUAUGGCAAGUUGGCCCGAUGCCAUACAAAAAGGUGAUUCACGUAUCGCAUAUAGAUCAGAUCUUAUGUUUAUUGCAUAUUUAAAUGAUCAAAGAAUUGAUCUUUUAAAUAUGGAGACUGGUCGCCCAAAUUCUUCUAAACGAAAACAGGAACAAGUUCGUUUAAAGUUAGCACGACUUGCAACAAACACGAUGGAUUUUGCAAGGACCCAUCUUAAGCAAUACAUUAAAAAGGGAAUAUUGAGUAAUUUGUUAUCAAUAUUUUCUAUCAAUGUCGCUGGUAUGUUGAGGCAAGAAAAAAUGGUUGAUUAUCAGACAAAUCUAACAAGUAAAUUUAUAGGAGAUGAUUUAAGAAUUUAUAAUAUGUGUAUGGAAUAUGGAAUUUUUAAAAUUGCCUACUAA